AUGCUGAAAAAGGUGGAGCUGGGGAUCACGGAGUUCGACGAGCUGAUGGAGAAUCACAGGCAUGCAAGCCAGCCGAACCAACGUGCGAAGUACGAGGAGAACAUGAAGACCUCUAUCAAGAAGCUUCAGCGCGACAGGUGCCAACUCUCGACCUGGAUCUCCGACAAUGGUGUGAAGGAGAAGUCAGCUCUGACGGAUGCGAGGUCGAAGAUCGAAGCCCGAAUGAUGACAUUCAAAACUCUGGAGCGUGACGUGUUGAAGGCCUUCAACGACGAAAACCAGGCUGUGGAGGAGUUCCAGCCACGAGGAUGUGUGGAAGAUUAG